AAUUGUUCGAAUCAAAAUAUUACCACGUUUUCGAGCAAAAACGUUCGUACUCGUAUUUUUGUCAAGUUCGUAUUUGUUAUUACCAAGCAUUCUGGAGAACCAAUCCUCGCAAUUAAGUCAUUCAUCUGUAAGUUACGUCUAUCUACUGCUGCACCACUAUGCCGAAAGUGAGCUCCCGUUCGGGUCCACCCCGAAAAUUGUCGACUAACAAGUCGAAGCACUCAAUGAAUCCGGAACGUUCAACCGAAGGACUGAAAGGGGUGGCCAAGCCACGAACGAAAUCCACAAUCAAGCGGUUGCAAAUGUACCGAAACUUCAAGGCGAAACGUGACCGAAAGGGCAAGAUUCUCACUCCGGCUCCCUUUCAGGGCUGGGUUUCCAGUGGGACCGUGUCCCGGGUCGAACCAUCACCCAAGUGGUUCGCCAAUUCAAGAGUAAUUUCGCAGAGUUCGCUGCAAAAGUUUCAGGAAGAAAUGGGUAAAGCGAUUCGUGAUCCCUACAAGGUGGUUAUGAAACCGACGAAUCUACCGAUCACAUUACUGAAUGAAACAGCUAAAUACCAGCGAGUGCACCUGCUUGACACGGAGGGUUUCGAUACAACAUUUGGACCUAAAAAGCAACGAAAAAGACCAUCGCUGAAAGUACGUGAUUUGGAAGAUUUGACAAGGAAUGCAGAAGAAUCUGUCGAUCGGUAUGACGACAGCAAGGAUCGUGAUUUGGAACGGGAUGACGGUGGAGUUAAAGAUCAGGUUCGCGAAUGGAUAUUCGCAGCUGGUCAAAGCAAACGUAUCUGGAACGAACUUCACAAAGUGAUCGAUUCGGCAGAUGUUUUGUUGCAGGUGCUGGACGCGCGAGAUCCCAUGGGAACUCGUUCAAAGUAUAUUGAGGGAUUCCUACGGAAGGAAAAACCUCACAAGCAUCUAUUCUUUAUUCUCAAUAAAGUGGAUUUAGUUCCGAUUUGGGUGACGCAGCGGUGGGUUGCGCUACUCAGCAAGGAAUUUCCCACUAUAGCAUUUCACGCUUCACUAACUCAUCCUUUUGGAAAAGGAGCUCUGAUAAAUUUGUUGCGUCAAAUCGGCAAGUUGCAUGUGGACAAAAAACAGAUAAGUGUUGGGUUUAUUGGCUAUCCGAAUGUAGGAAAAUCUUCGGUGAUUAAUGCCUUGAGAAGCAAGAAGGUUUGUAAAGUUGCUCCCAUAGCCGGUGAAACCAAAGUUUGGCAGUAUAUAACUUUGAUGAAACGAAUUUUCCUGAUCGAUUGCCCGGGAGUGGUUUAUCCGACGGCAGAAACCGACACGGAGAAAGUGCUGAAGGGAGUUGUUAGGGUAGAACUUGUCAACAAUCCGGAAGAUUACAUCGAAGAUGUGCUACGGCGAGUUCGGAAAGAGUAUCUCACCAGAACGUAUGGAAUUUCCGAGUGGAGUUCGCAUAUUGAUUUCCUGGAGCAAGCAGCUCGGAAGACGGGUAAACUGCUGAAGAAGGGUGAGCCGGAUGUUCAAACGUUGGCUAAGAUGGUACUGAAUGACUGGCAGCGCGGUCGGUUACCGUUUUACGUUGCUCCCGAAGGCUUUGAAAUGCCGAAAUCGAUGAUAAAUCAAACGAACGAGGAAGCAUCAUCGGAAGACCAGAAAAGUACGUACUCCGGAGUGACAGCAACUCCAACUAUCCCCGAAUCUAUCAAAAAGGGAAAGGAAAUGUUCCAAAUUCAAGACUUCCGCAAGAUCAAGGUGAAUCUGGAGUUCGAAAACGAGGAUGUUCGAGAGAUUGAUAAAAUCGAUUUGGAACUGCUGGAGCGAUUGAAGGACGAGAAGAAAACGGAGGCGAAAAGGAAGAAAAAAGGGAAAAUGGAGAAUCAAGAGAAUACAGAAAUGGAUGAUGAUUCAUCUGGAAUUUCCGACUUUUACUCUGAAGAUGAAUACGACGAAGAAGCAGGAAAACUGGUUCACAAGAGUGCCAAGAAUAAAUCGGUUGCCAAUGGAACUGGUGCUACUAAGGAAAAGACUAAGGCAAUGUCCGCUAGCGGCAGUUUCCUUGUGGAAGAAGACAAUGCUAAGGAAGCAAAGUUGCCGAAAAUGACUGCCAAACAGCGAAGAGCAGCCGAAAGAGCUUCCAAACGGAAAAAGAUCGGUAGCAACUUCUACGAGACCCACAACGUUAAGAACAGAAACCGAAACAAAAAGUUCGUUGAAUAGUUUGAAUUUAUUGUGAAUUAUAGGGAUCUAAUUGAAGAAGCCACAGUAAAACAUUAUUAACA